ACCGACAUGUGGGCCACCACAUGAACCUUAUCCCCGCCGCGCCUCCGCUCCCUUAAACCCCGCGACGGGUCACUGGACGGCCACCAGUCCGUGCUCCCAAAAUGGCGGCCUCCCCAGCGGCCGCCGCUACCUUCCUUCACCAUCACCUCCCCUUUCCCAGUCGCCCCAAGACACUUCUCAGACCACGCCUCCACCGCCUCGCCGCGUCCAUCAACCCCUCGUCCACCGACGAGACCCCCGCCGCGGACCCACCGGUCAUCCCCUCGAUCAGCAUCAAGAACACUGAGCCCGAGGAGGUCGCCCGCCGCCGCAGUUGGGUGGAGCACGGAUGGGCUCCGUGGGAGGAAAUCAUGACGCCGGAGGUCGCCUUUGCGCGCCACAGCCUCAACGAGGGCGAGGAGGUGCCGCUUCAGUCGCCGGAGUCCCUCGAGGCUUUCCGGAUGCUCACGCCUUCCUACCGGAAGAAGGUGGAGGCUGAGCCAGGAUACCUGGAGCGCCUCUUCGCGACGCGCGACACGCCCGAGCCUCUCGAGACGACGUGGGCCGGCCGGCUCCCGCUGCGGCUCGUGCCGCCGCGGGACUGGCCGCCGCCUGGCUGGGAGGUGGACCCGGACGAGCUGGAGUUCAUAAGGGAGGCGCACAGGGCGGCCUCUGAGAGGCUGGACAUGGAGGCGGCGGCUGCGGCAGGGGUGACCAACGUGGAGAAGCUGGAGGAUGCGCCACAGGAUCUGGCGCUAGAGAGGUACAAAAUGUUCCUGAAGCAGUACAAGGAAUGGGUGGAGGCAAACCGAGAUAGGUUGGAGCAGGAGUCCUACCAGUUUGAUCAGGAUUACUUCCCUGGCAGACGAAAAAGAGGUAAGGACUACAGUGAGGAUAUGCGUGAACUUCCAUUCUACUAUCCCGGACAGAUAUGUUACGGGCAAGUAACGACUGUUCACCUCUACCAGGGAGCCUUUGUGAACAUUGGUUGUGUCCAUGAGGGGUGGGUACCGAUAAAAGGAAAUGACUGGUACUGGAUCCGACAUCACAUCAAGCCUGGCAUGAAAGUCUACGUGGAGAUUCUGGCCAAACGAGACCCUUACCGCUUCCGCUUCCCACUUGAGAUGCGAUUUGUAUAUCCUAACAUUGAUCACCUAAUAUUUAAUAGAUUCGACUUCCCACCAAUAUUUCACCGUAAGGAGGAUACUAACCUAGAGCAGUUGUGGCGUGAAGCCGGACGGCCACCCAUUCCUAGGAAAAAACCUUUAAAAGAUAUGGAAAAGGAACCUUUGGUAUCAGACCAUCCUUUUGUUGACACGCUUUGGGAAUGGCAUAAUGCAGAGCAGAUGAUUUUAGACUACGAGGAACAAAAUCCAGAUAAAUUCAAGAAUACAACAUAUGAGUCCACAGUUGAUGCACCCUCAAUCGAUGAAGAAAAAAGAGUUGAAUACACCGAAGGAUAUUUCAAAGAAACACUGCUAAAAAAGAAAGUUGUGAAUAUUAGCAUCAAAGAACUUGAUCUGGAUGCUGCCCGUGCUGAACGCCAGCUGAUAAAAAGGCUGAAAAAGGAAGCCGAGGAGAGAGGGGAGGAAUACAAGGUUAGGAAGCUCCGACGAAACAAAGAAAUGGAUGAGUAUGAUCUGAUGCAAUGGCGUCGUUCAUUUGAAGAGAGGGAAGCGCUUAUCAGAGACAUCUGCUGCCGGAAAGCGCUUGAUCUUCCUAUCGAAGAGCCCGGGCGAUACGACGUGGACGAGACAGAGGUGUACGGGAAGGAUUACUAUGACCCAGAGAAGCCAAUGUACCGGUACGACUACUGGGGCGAGCCCAAGAACACGGAGAAGACGAAGCUGGAGCGGGACGUGGAGCGCCACAACCAGCAGGUGGUCGGCGACGCGAAGAAGUGGUGCGAGAUGUCGUACGACGACUACGUCCGCAAGAAGCUGCGGUUGGAAGCGGCUGAGGCGAGGGAAAGGCGGAGGAAGGCGGCCGAGGCGCAAGAGGACGAGCAGGAGUACGAUGACGGCAUGGACCUGGACCUGAAGAAGAUGACCGAUCCACGCGCCCCGCACAACCGGUUUUACAUCACGAAAUGAAAGGUUAGAGAUAGUUGUUAGUUGUGCAAAAGGUUCGAUUGCCUUGGUUGUUGUUGUUGGGCCACCGCUUCCGCCUAUGGUGCAAGAGUUGGGGGCGCUUGAUCAGGUCGUCUGACAUUCUCCUUGUUGACCCAACCCCAUUCCGAUUGGGGCGACCUGGUCAAACGCGGGGGCGUGCUAGCUACGCUCAGUACAAGUAUUCAGCAUGGAAUCUCCAGUAUUUUAUUCUAGAGAACAUAUCUUGUGUAUAUUGAAGUUUAGUGCACAUGUUACAUAUAUUAAAUCAGUAUCACUCAUUUUAGAUUUAGCAUCUCUAGUUGUUUGAUAUAUUUUGUUAAAGACACGCUCCGACAUUGUGGGUAGUGGUGGACGAUGUUAUUUAUAAAUUGCAAUGAUCAACCAUAUAAGUUAGAUUUAUGA